AUGGCGGAGCCGCGCCGGGUGCCGUUCAUUAGCCUGUCACCCGUGCGGCGCCGCGAGGGCGAGAGCCCGGCGCUGGAGCGAGAGCCGGCGGGCCGCGACCCGGAGCCACCUCCGGCGGGCCGUGAGGCGCCACCGCCGGAGCCGCCGCCGCACGAGCCGCCAAGCGACAGCGCUGCCCGCCCGGAGCCGCCCCGAGACCCCGGCCGGCCCGAGCAGCCGCCGCAGCGGGAGCCCCCCCGGCCCGAGCCGCCGCCGCUGCCGCCACCACCGCGCCAGAGCGGGCGGCAGGAGCCGCCGCCGCCGCGGGAGGCGCUCCCGCUCCGCCAGACGGUCCGCCUGGAGGUGGUGCUGAAGGACCCCACCGAGGAGGGCUGCGUGGAGUUCAGCUACCCGGAGCUGCUGCUGUGCGGGGACUCGCGGAAGAAAUCAGUUCAUUUAGAGGAUCCAUUUAAUGAUGAACAACGUGAGCGACAUGAAGUAGAAAUGCUUGCCAAGAAGUUUGAGGCAAAAUACGGUGGAAAGCCCCACAAACAUCGGAAAGAUCGCCUGCAGGAUCUAAUUGAUAUAGGUUAUGGCUACGACGAGACGGACCCUUUCAUUGAUAAUUCUGAAGCGUAUGAUGAAUUGGUUCCUGCAUCCCUGACAACCAAAUAUGGAGGGUUUUAUAUCAACACCGGUACACUGCAGUUUCGCCAGGCAUCUGAAUCAGAAGAUGAAGACUUUGCAGAAGACAAAAAACAUAGGCCGCCUAAAAUAGCAAAGUUAAAAGAAAGUGAAGAUCGUGGAAUGAAGAAACGCAAGCGAAAAGAUGAAGGGACAGAAAAGGAGAAGAAGCCUCGGAAAAUGAAAGUUCCUAAGCAGUUGGGAGUAAUGGCCUUAAAUUCACACAAGUCUGAGAAGAAGAAAAAGAAACUGUAUAAAGACUCACUCUCUCUGGCUGCCAUGAUCCGUAAAUUUCAAAAGGAGAAGGAAGCCAUGAGGAAGAAAGAACCUAGUCCAAAACCUCCAGUGACUGUUGCAACCUCUACCCCUAGUAAAAUUCCUUCCUCCUCUCUCAGUGCAGGAAAUGAUAUCUCUGACUUGAAUCUUAGGAUCAAUGAUCCUGUCCUCUCCAUUUUUGGUAGCACAAAUGAACCUGAGCUCCUGCAAGAAACUGAAAGUGCCCUGGAGAUGCUGGGAGACAUUGACUUUGAUAAGUUGCUUGAUGGCACUUCUGAUGGCAGCCCGGUCUCUGAGCUGUCAGGAGAAAAUGGAAAUGUCACUCAGGCUACCUACACCUCUCAGGUCAUGACACCCAAGCAGGUGCCUGCCCUCCCAGAAGGUCUGCCUAUGCUACUUGAAAAGCGCAUUGGAGACCUUCGAACAGCUGCCAAGAUGUUUGAUGAAGAAGGCAGGAAGAAGUUUUUCACACAAGACAUGAAUAAUAUUCUUCUGGACAUUGAGCUACAGUUACAGGAGGUGAAUCCUGCCAUCCGCAAUGGAGUGUACUCACACCUGGAGGCUUUCGUGCCGUGCAAUAAGGACACGCUGAUAAAACGCCUGAAGAAGUUACACCUCAAUGUCCAGGACGACCGCUUGAGAGAACCAUUGCAGAAGCUGAAACUGGCUGUCAGUAAUGUCAUGCCUGAACAGUUAUGCAAGUAUCAAGAGGACUGUCAGGCCCGCAAUCAAGCCAAGAAUGCCAAGUUGCAAGCAGAAGAUGAACGAGAGAAAAAUGGAUCAGAGGAAGAUGAUGAUGAGAAACCAGGAAAGAGGGUUGUUGGACCCAGAAAGAAGUUUCACUGGGAUGACACAGUGAGGUCUCUGUUAUGUAAUCUUGUUAAGAUCAAGCUGGGAUGUUAUGAGCUAGAGCCAAAUAGAAGUCAGUCUGCUGAAGAUUACCUCAAAACCUUCAUGGAAACAGAAGUGAAACCACUUUGGCCUAAAGGCUGGAUGCAGGCAAGGAUGCUUUUUAAAGAAAGCCGAAGUGUUCACAAUCACCUCACUUCUGCUCCGGCAAAGAAGAAGGUGAUUCUGGCCCCUAAACCCAAAGUGAAGGACUCCAGUCCAAAAAAAGAACAGAAAACUUGUAUGUCUUCAGUCAAUUCAAGUUGUGCUACUGUACUGAGUUCCAGUGCAGCUGUGUGCACCCCAGCCAGCUCUAGUUGCACAGCAGCUCCAGAGACGAUCUGCUUGGAUGACUCACUGGAUGAGGACCUCUCUUUCCACCCACCCUCACUGGAUUCUGUUUCUGAUGCUCUGGCAGUUAUCAAUAAUGGUGCCAAGGGAUCACCUCUUGGGUCCACCAUAGACACACCAACAUCCAGACCUCGCCCUGGGCUGAGGGAAGAGAAACUAGCAAGCAUUAUGAGUAAGUUGCCUCUGGCAACUUCAAAGAAAGUAGAGACCACUCAAACAUCCCAUUCAUCAAGUCUUAUUGCUGGUCACACAGGGCCAGUACCAAAGAAACCCCAGGACUUAGUUCACACUGGUAUCUCUUCAGGCCUUAUUGCUGGAUCUUCAAUUCAAAAUCCCAAGGUUUCCUUAGAGCCUUUGCCAGCCAAACUACUUCAACAAGGACUACAGAGGUCAAGUCAGAUCCAAGCUGCUUCCUCCUCUUCUCAGACUCAUGUUUCUUCCUCUAAGACUCAAGCAGCUAUUUCCACCUCCUCUCAAAGAACCAAGGAUGCUAAUAUCUUGGUAUCGUCUGCUGAGGCUCAAGGUGGUACUUCCUCAACAUCACAAGUGACAAAGGUGCACCAGCAUUCAGCUGUACAACAGAAAUAUGUAUCUCCCUUACAAGCAACUAUUAGUAAAUCACAGACCAAUCCUGUGGUGAAAUUGAGUAGUAAUCCUAAACUCUCUUGCUCAUCACCAGUCAUCAAGGCUCAAGAUAAGUCUGUAGUGUAUCGCCUGCCUUUGUCUAAUCCCUCAUCCGGAAGUGGCUCUCAAGUGUCUCACCCACUGGUUUCUCGGACAACAUCCAGCACCUCUACCUCUAGUAACUAUUUAGCCAAGGCUAUGGUGUCACAAGUUUCUUCCCAGGGUUUCAAGCCUCCCUUCUCCAUGGCUGCCUCUCCCAAACCUGCUGCCUCUCCCAAGCCCACUUCAUCUAAGCCCUCUGUGACACCCAAGCCAAAUGCAUCACCUAAAUUUUCAUCUAAGUCCACCUCAUCCCCCAGGCCUGCAACAACACCCAGUUCUUCCAGUUCAAGUGCACUAGUUUCCCAGAGUAGUCACUCCAGCAACAACCCCCUUCAUAAACAGACCAGUGGUGUAAAUAUCAGCAGGCAGUCUCCCACAGUGAAUUUGCUGUCUUCUAAUCGCACCUCAGGCCUUCAGCCUGCAAAAAACCCUCAGGCUUCUUCAAAAUUGCCCAACUCUUCUCCUUCUGGAACUGUUGGUAAAAAUAAUCUGGGUGGAGUUGGAAUGAAUGUACCUGCCAGCAGAGGCAGUAACCUUAACUCAAGUGGAGCUAGUAGGACUAGUCUGUCUGGGGGAGCAGGAAGUGGAACACAGGGUGCUACUAAACAGUUGUCAACUCCACACAGACCAUCUUCUGCCUCAGGGUCUCCAGUUGUAGCAGCCAGUGUGCAGCUGCUUUCAUCGGAACAUCUUAAGACCAAAACUGGUAAUAAAAACUUUAUCCAUGCUAGGAGAUUUCAUCACUUUGCUUUUCCUUCAACAGCAGGAGCAUCGUUACUGGCUAAUGCCUCACCUCUGACUCUCAUGGCAUCACCCCUGUCUGUAACCAGUCAGAACGUGACGUCUGCACCAUUAACUCCUUUUGGGAUGCUGGGUGGCCUUGUUCCUGUGACUGUGCCCUUCCAGUUUCCCUUGGAGCUGCUUGGCUUUGGGACAGACACAGCUGGAGCGACAACCACCUCGGGAUCUACCUCAGCGGCUUUCCACCACAACCUAACUCAGAACUUACUGAAGGGUUUACAGCCAGGUGCUCAGCAUGCAGCAACGCUGUCUCACUCACCUCUGCCUGCUCACUUGCAGCAAGCAUACACAGGGUGGGGGCCUCCAGCUACCCGGGCAAGGGUAACACUGUGUGCAAGGACCAGCGUUUCGAAACCGCCAAAGGGUGGGUACAGAAGGGAGUGCUCCCCUGCGGACACACCGCGCUGUGCUGAGGCGCAGCCUCGCAACGCCCCGCAGGGACCGCACCCCGGCCCGGCCCCGGCUCCCAGGGGGCCGCGCGGCAGCCGCGCCGGGCGGCGCUGCCCAAUCACCGGCCUCCGACACACGCCAUAA